GGCAACUUCUUUUCGUUUUUGUUGUUAUACCGCAACCUACUAGCCUCUUUCAGAUCGCGUCAGAAUGGACGACGGUUUUGACUCAGAUCAGGACACGGGCGGGUGGGGGUCUGGGUUGACGUCGAAAAACCUGACGUCCAAGAACAACGACCUCGACCUCUUCGCGCCCAAGCCCUCUGCACAAGCGGAUACUCUCGUCUUCAGUUCCCCAGAUACCUCGCCCUUGCGCGGCCUGGGGUCUUCAAACCAGUUGCCGAGCACGAUUACCGCAGCGCAACAGCGCGCACCUGGUGCACCAGCAGCGCGGGAGGAGUUUACCAUCGGGAGUUCGUCUGCAAGCUCAGCCACCGAGGACGGGUUCGAGAUGGUCGGUGGACAGAGUUUGCUACCAAAAGGUGCCGACCCCUUCGAAUUACUAACGCCAACAAGCAGCCUGAACGCUAGUGCUAGUGCUGCUUCUGCUCCAGCGGCUUCGACUAAUUUGUUUCCCAGCACUGACACGAAUUUUGCUGUCAACGCCGGUACUGAUAUCUUGUAGAAGAAGACGGCUCCGCUGUUCCCUAAAGCAGAAAGAUUGAUGCGAAGGAGCUUCUUCGUGGUGUGUGGACCUACUUACCUUGCUUGCUCGAGAAAAAAAUGGCUAUGUGCCUGUGCUGUUUUCAUCAGCGACGUUGAAAAUCUAAACGGAACUCAAUAGGUGGCUUUCCGGCGAGCAAUCCUCUCACGAGCGAUUCCUUCGCUGCACCUUUUGAGGACCUCUCCGGGAGCGAUAACUUCGCUACGGGCUUUGACGACUUCAGCGCGCCCGCGGCUGUUCGGCAAAACAAGAAUGAUGUGGAGUCCAUGUUCGAUGCGAAUUUUGAAGAGUUCGCAGCAGAGGUAGGGACCGCGCAGAAGCCUCCACCAAAAUCUACUGCACCGAAGCCCGCAGUGAAAGCCAAGGUGAAGCCCAAAGUGAAGGCAGCGCCAGCGCCGCAAGCACCCGCUAGUAGAGCAGUUCUUGUGCAGCAACCUGGAGGUGGGCCCGUUGCACCGGCGAAGCAACCUCCUGCAGUUUCCGCAGGGGUGAAAGCGCCGGCCUUUGACUUUGAUGUGGACGUGGAUACGGUCGAGCACGUGGGGACAACUAGCGCGAAAGCGAACGUAAACCGCAUAUCGGGGUCGCUGUAUGGUCAAAUCGAUCCCACGGAAUCCGAAGUGGGCAAGGAGGAACUGUUUUUCGAUCUAGAGGCGGGCGGCUUCUCGCAGGACGGCUACGCGCUUGCUGGGGCCUCGGGGUAAGGAACAGAUAACAAAGUUUUGUAGGGCGAACAAGUGAAAGAUCUUGUUUUUGGUUGGAAUUAUGAAUUAUGUUCAAAAGCGUCUACUUCUAUACGACCAUUUUCUUGUAGGCGAGAAGGUUCAGGUUGAUUUUUGCUGCGCAAGACUGUUCUUGCACCACGGGCAGUUCCUUUGAAGUCGUAUAGUAAAAAUGGACGAGAACAACAUCCUGUCAAAAAUAACAGCGCUAAGGGUGGUAAGAGCAGCCCGUGCUGCCGGCUGUUUGUGUACCUGAGGAACUGGUGCCUCUACCGCUUCGGCUGUCGCCGGUUCUGCACGGUGCUCCUGGUCUGCGGCACUCUCGCGUUUUAUGACAGUGCACAACUAUAUCUACUCCCCCUUAUUUGUGAUGCAAUUUACCAAAUCCACACCGUGCCUUGAAGCACUGUUUGCAUCACAAGUUCUGGCCGCCCAAGUAGCAAUACAUUCCUGUGCAGAUUUGAGAUGCAAAACCUGCAUUCUUGCUGACAUUUGUAUUGCUGUUCAUGCCAUACAAAUGAGGGGAAGGGGGAGUUGUGCACAGUCAUACGUUUUUCGUGUCCUCGUACUUUUUCGGCACGGAGCGGGUCAUGGACGAAAGCCAGAAAAUCGGAAAGAAGGUCCUGAAUGCGUCGAUCAAACACGGGUCGGCGGCGUACGAGGAGUCGAAGAAGUGGGUGAGCACGGGCAAAGACGUGGUCGUGGAUAUGUACAACAAGGCCACAACGCCCAAGGAGGAUCCUUUUUCGGCCCGAGCAGGAGCAGCCAACAAGAGGAAAAGGGGCGGGGGUGGCAACAAGGGCGCAGGAGACCCAUUUGCAGCAAGGGGCCGCGGGGGUGGUUCCGGCCCGGAGGAGGACGCCGAGCCAGAAGAGAGCGGAGCGGCACAACUAAACCCGGGCAGGAAGAGUGCAGAGGAAAUAAAUCGCGGUGAGGGGGACGUGCACGAGGAGGAUGCUGCAGGGUCGACGCGCGGAGAGGAGCCAACGGCAGACAAAGCGUUGAUUUCGCAAUUGCGGUCCGCGGUCGAAGAGCACCAGAGCGAGCUGCGUCUGAAGGAGAAGGAGCUCAACGAGAAAACGCGGGAAGCCGGGAUGUGGCAUAUUACAAUGAAAAAUGCCCCCACCCCCGAACUUGGGCGCAUGAAACAUUUGCCCUCUUGCAUCGAUCUAUCAGCAUCACAGGUUUCCAACGCCUGCGGAGGCUUGCCUCCCCAGCGAUAAUGGACAAUGGCAAUGUCGGCGCGGUUGUUUUAGCAUCACAGGUUUCCAAUCGUGAAUAGCAAAUAUUUGUAAUGCAAAAGACCCCAGCAAGAGGUGCGCUUGUCAUACAAGCGAUGCGAUGCACGCCUAUACUCUGCAUCAGAAACAUUCAUACUCCUUUCAUGCAUGGCAAAAAGUUUUCAUUUGGAAACUUCGCAUCACUUUGGGGGUCGGGGCAUUUUUCACUUUAAUAUGGCAGCAGGAGGUGACCUCCCUCCGGCAAAAGCUCGUCGCCGCGGAAGCCGCGUCCAAAUCCCACGUCCAAGAGGCGGAAUCACUGCGGGCGCGGGUCUCGCAGCUCGAAGCAGAACGGCGGUCCUUACUCGCUACUAGCAGCGGGGGAAAUGAAAAUCUUCCAGCGCAAAGUAGAACGAAGCAAGAGCUUCAGCACCCAGAGAAGGUCGCUGGUGCAGCCGCGAUCAGUGAGGACCAGAAUCAAGUGAGCUCUACUACUUCCGCGCCGUCCAAGGAAGUGGCGCAGCCGGAUAAUGCCCUCGCGCAAAAUAGUAAGCCUAUUGAGGAUGAUCCUGCUGGUUUUGCGAAAAAUGCGGAACUGAAGCUCACCGAUGCGUCAAAAGACGCACCGGAUGCUGCGACCGACGGUGGGACGAACAAUCAUGCGGCUAAGCCCGAGGAGGAGGAGGAGGACGACAGCGACGACGGAGUCGAGCCGGGGGCUGAGGAAGGAAAAAAGGACGACAACCCUGCAGCCUCUGCCGGCACAGACGGAGGUUCUGCAGGGCAAACCGCACCGGCUGGCGUGGGUUUGACGGCAGCAGCGGCAGAACAAACCACGACGACGUUCACUUCUACGGCGUCCUCGACGGAAGCGCCUACAACCACCACGCUGGCUACAACUACAACAAGUACAACAACACCUACGUCGAGUACAACAACCACUAGCUCCUCGCAAGAACCGGCAACCACUACUCAGUCUAGUAACUACCCAACAGCAGAGGUUCCAAACGCCCAAGCUUCUUCAGUCGCUGCCAAUAGCGGUACCGAUUCUGGAGCAGUAGAUCCCUUUGCAGCGAAACAGCCCAGGGUGCAAGCUUCCAGCACGGCGCCACGGAAAAAGAAGCGCAAAACCAAGAGCAAAUCUCGACCAAGGCCGACGCAGAACUAAAGGAAUCACUUGGAAUUUUUGUACUCCCUUCUUGUCUAUAGCGCAUAAGUAUCAAGUUCAAGUAGUAAUAGGACAUACCACCAGGUAGUGCCAGAAAACACAACGCAUCUGUUCUUCUCAUGCACAGAACUUCCUAUUUGAUCCGCGAUUUCUUGACAC